CGCUCGCUCGAGUGGGCUGAGGUGCUGCACAGGGGAGUGCGAGGGGGCAGGAUGAGCACGAGCUCCGUCUCCAAGGGCUGCUUUGUGUUUAAACCGAGUUCCAAGAAGAGAAGGAUAUCGUCACCAACAGCUGACUAUUUUAGUCAAGGUAAAAAUGAUUCAGAGGACAGCGGUCUUCGAUUUGCUAGUUGUCAGUUGUUAUGGAAGCAGAUCAAUUCUGAAACAGAGAAAAUACAAGAAGAACUGAAUAAACAAUUAUUUGAUAACCUAAUACGUUUUCUGAGACAAUCUCACUCUGAAUUCCAAACAAAGACGACAGAAUGGAUGUGUCGGAUGAAAUCCAGUGAAAUUCCUACUGCAGCUCUUGUCCUAGGUGUAAACGUUACAGAUCAUGACGUGACAUUUAAAAGUCUCUCAGAGGUUCUUCAGGAUAAUGUUACUCCUUAUGUAGUCUCACUGCAAGCCAAAGAAUGCCCAGGCAUAAAACAUCUGCUUCAGAAACUGAUGGGACAGCUGAUGGACUGCUAUGUAGAUGCGGACUCAUCUGAAGAGGAGGAAUGUGUUAACAUUUCCCAGAAAAAGAUACGCUGCUCAAUGGCUUCUCUUUCCAAAUGGUAUGAGAGUGUAACAAAGAAAACAGGUUCUGAAACUCCAAGCAAAAAAAGAACUUCCUCUUCCAGGCACUGGCAAUCUCCUCCAGUUGUGGUUAUCUUCAAGGACAUGGAAAGUUUCACAACGAAAGUACUUCAGGACUUCAUAGUUAUCAGCAGUCAGCACAUACAUGAAUUCCCUCUUGUACUCAUUUUUGGAAUUGCCACGUCUCCAAUGAUCAUCCACAGGUUACUUCCUCACUCUGUUUCUUCUCUGCUGUGUAUAGAGCUUUUCCAGUCUCUUUCCUGCAAGGAGCACCUGGCUACAGUAAUUGACAAGCUACUUCUGACAACUCAGUUUCCCUUUAAACUAAGUGAGAAAGUGUUGCAAGUUCUAAUCAACAUAUUUUUAUACCAUGAUUUCUCUGUCCAGAACUUUAUCAAAGGAUUUCAGCUGUCUAUUGUGGAGCAUUUCUAUUCCCAGCCCCUCAGUGUGUUGUGCUGCCAGCUCCUGGAAGCUAAGAAAAGAGUAAAUUCUUUAUCACACAAUCAGUGUGAAAACAUUCGAAGCCUGCCAUCUUUUAGAAGAUAUGUGGAAAGUCAAGUCUCCGAAAAACAAAUUGCACUUCUGACUGAGGACAGUUCUUUAAAGGAGGUAACACAGACAUUACUGGAAGACUUGCAUAUUUACCAUGAGAAUUAUUUCACAGUGCUGAGAUGUCUUCAUGUUUUCACAACUUCCCUUCCAAAGUACCCUUUGGGCAAACAGAUCAGAGAGCUGCAUUGUGCAUGUUUGGGAAAGAGUGUGUGGGAAACAGAAGAAUAUGAGUCAGCUAUUCAGUUACUAAGGAUGUUGGCUAAAGAUGAGUUGGUGGCCAUACUUCAAAAAUGUGCAGAGAUUUUUAUAUCACCUUCUGGAAAACAGUUUAGCAACACGGUAGAGAAACUGGAGGAGUUCCUGGCACGAUUUCAAAAUCUGGAAGCAGAAACCAAUGAGGUACAAGAUGUGUCUGUGUCAUCACAAAAGGAACUCCAGAAGAAGACAGACCUCUAUCACCUUCAGAAGACUUUGCUGGCGUUGAAAGAAUCAAAAAGAUCUAAGAAGCUAACCAAGUUUGAAAUGCUCCGGUUCGAAGUUGUUGACUUUAUAGACAGCCUGGUAAGAAGUUACCUUGCUCCUGCAGAGAUGCAGACCCUGAACGAGGUGGUGUAUUUCAACACAGCUAACACCCUCCGUGAGCACUUGAAUGCUGCCCCACGGAUUGCUCUUCACACAGCUCUGAACAACCCCUAUUGCUACCUGAAAAAUCAAACUUUGAAAAGUGACGUCGGAUGCAUUUCUAAUACUGCUCCUGACAUAUGCAUCGUGUAUAAACUUCAUUUGGAGUGUGGCAGAUUAAUAAAUCUUGUUGACUGGUUAGAGGCCUUUUCAACUGUGGUAACAGCGGUUGAAGGAACAGACCCAGAUGCAGUGGCCACAGACCAGGUGGAUGAAAUUAUCCAUGCUCGUUUUAUUAGAGCUGUUUCAGAACUGGAACUUUUAGGGUUCAUAAAGCCUAGCAAACAGAAAACAGAUCACGUGGCAAGACUGACAUGGGGAGGCUGUUAAAUGAUAUAACAAGACCAACCAACAAAUGUCUGUAUGCUGCCUGUGAAAGUUCAUUAUGGCAUGUGGGGGACAGUGCAGCCCCUAGGAUGAAUUAAUCCCUUAUGUAACUCUACUGAUGUUAAAGGAGUUAAAACUAAGGAUGGAUUUGACUUAUGUACUACAUUUUAGUUGCCAACAAAAUACUACCUCUUUUCUAUACAUGUUUGUAUGGACAAGGAGUCAGCUUUAGUACAUGAUUUAAUAUUCACUCAAAACUGCAAGUUCUGACCCCUUUUCUAUACCAGUUUUCAUCUUCUGUGAUGUAUGAUGUGGUUUAGGCUAGGAGGCCAGAAUGAGAUUGUGUUGAAUUUUCUUUUAAUGUGUAGCCUUGAAUGCUGAAUGUUAUUUGCUCAUAAUUUGGAUUUAAAUGGUCACGUUAUGAAAUGUUCUCCAGAUGCAGAAUUUUUUUUUGAAAAUAUGCAGUGAGAAUUUAAAUAAGCCUCUGUAACCAGAACCCACUGCGACCUCCCUUGUGGUGUGCAGUACCAGCCACUCUAAGCAGGACUAUGUGAUGAUCCUGGUGAUGGUACCUUGCAAAGAUUCAUCUACAAACAGAUGAAAACUGGGUUUCUGUACUAGAAAAUGAAGGAAAAGUGUUCCUGAAGGGACAAAAACAAUUGUUCCUAUCCAAUUUGAUAACAUAGCUGGACAGUAAAUAAGACUAUUUCAAAAAUACUCCUUUAGCUAGCCUACAUUAUCAGUUAGAUUUCAUUAUCCAGAUAGGAGAAAUGAGAACAUUGCAGAGUUGAGUGCUGAAGGAAGGUAAUAAAAUACCCCUUUAAAGUACAAGGUCAGUAUCUCUCUCCUGAAGAUUUUUGUUCAUUGUCAUGGGACAAGUAAGAAACAGCUGUGUGGGAAUGUAAUGUUGACAUGAUUUUAUAACUGACAGCUAUUCAACUGCUAUCAUGUGAUGGGUCGAACAUUCCAAACCACUUGUGCCCUAUGCAAGGAAUGAAACAAGUUUAAUCAUGGGGCUGUCCUAUCUUAGUGAAGUGUAGACAUUAAGACAGAACCACACCAGAUCACAAACCUACUGAUUCUGAAUUGUUUGUAAAGUGCUAUCAGUCUGGAAGUACUAUGUGGGAGCCUAAAAUAAGGGUACACUGUUUCUCAGCAUUAAAAAUCUGCAAUUACAGGAUUGUCCUGAUACAGUAAUCUAUUGUGACUUUUCACCCAGGAAGAUAAAUAGUUGAAGUAAAUGUGAUUAUGCAAUGUUUGACUUUUUUUUUAAGUUAGAUCUCAGUGUGGAAUAGCAUGGGCAAGCUGGCCUACAUCAAAGCAAGGACCAAAGUUAUAUUUUUUCUAAUGAGCUGAUAAAUAGCCCCCAAAAGUAGUCAGAUACAUUCUCAGUGUGGUGUGUGCAAACUUCAGUCCAGAGAGUCUUACUCCCAUUACUAGGAGCUGCACAGCUGAAGGGUUAUGUAUUUACUCCAAAAGGCCAACCAGUGCUUCCCAGCCAGUGGAAAUUUUGACUGGUAACUGCAUGCAUGCUGUCCAAAAAGACAAAAUCAUAGUUCUUUGGGGGAGGGGGAAAUAAACGCCCUUGGUUGCCUUCUUUGAUGAAAUAAUUGAAUUUCUGAAGAACCCACUUGCUCAUAUGCAGAAAAAAAUAAAUCUGACAAAGGAACAUGGUGAUGAGGAUAAAGAUGAGUUAUAUACUGUAAUUGCCUCCAAAAUGUGACCGACAAAAUACCUAAACAUGACUUACUCCUUGUGAUGGGUGACAUUAAUGCUAAAGUAGAACAUGACAACCAAGCAAUGGAAAGAGCAACUGGGAAAAGCAUGCAUUGGGAACAAUCAACCAAAAUGGCAAGAUGCUUCUUGAACUGUGCUAAGUAUCUGACCUAGCUCUUGCAAGUGCCAUAUUCCCUCUCACACACAAAUGUAAUUCACCAGAUGACAAAACAAAAACAGACAGACAAUCAACCACAUCUGCAUUACUUUGAGAUUCAAAUAAUCUUUUCAAUAUGUAAGGGCAUAUAGAGCAGCAGAUUAAGCAGUGACCAUAAUACUUGCAUUUCUAAAUUGAAAUUAAAGUUAGAUCACCUUUAAAC